AUGGCAGCAAGCAUGCGAGGAGUGACCAAUGUGUUUGAAUGGAAGGAUUGCUUGGAAAAAUUGAGAGAAUCGGAUAUGGCGCAGCUGGAUAUGGAAAAGGAGGUUUUAAAGAAAUUGGAAUUCAGUUACAAUCGCCUUAAUCAUGAAAUUCAACAGUGUUUCUUAUCUUGUGCACUUUAUCCAGAAGAUAAAUUAAUUGAUAAGUUCGAGUUGAUAGAAUUCUUUAUUGACCUAGGAUUGAUUGGUCGAUUGAAUACGAGGGAGAAACUAUAUAAUAGAGGCCUCACCAUACUGAACAAACUGGAAAAUGUCUGCCUAUUGGAAGAUCAUGGUAAAAAGAUGAAGAUACACGAUUUGAUUAGAGACAUGGCAUUGAACAUCAUGAGCGCGACUUCGAUUGUAAAAGCACGAAAGGGGUUGAGGACAAUACCAUCUGAGGAAUAUUGGACGGAUGCUUUAGAGAAGGUUUCUCUAAUGGAGAAUGAUAUUGAUGAAUUUCCUUUGAACAUGUCACCAAAUUGUCCUAAACUAUCAACUUUUCUAUUGAAUAGAAGCUUGUGGUUUGAUGUGGUCAUCCCUAAUUCUUUCUUCGAACAUUUACGAGGGCUAAAGGUUCUAAACCUGAGUUAUUGUCAUGCAAGAGAACUUCCAGAUUCCAUUUCAAACUUGGCAAACUUGAGAGCACUAUUGCUUAGGAAAGUUAAAGUGCUCGAGGGUCUGGAAAAGUUGGUGGACUUGAGAUAUCUUGAUGUAGGUCAUACAAAAAUAAAGCAAUUACCCAGAGGAACAUUGGGGGCUUUGCUGAACUUGCAAUAUCUUAAAGGUACGACAAUGAAUGGAGAAGAUAUUACGAAAUUAAAGGCAUUGGAUUUGGAGACACUUUCGUGCUCCUUUAAAGAUUUAGAUGAGUUCAACAAGCUCAUGGUUAGUGAGCAGAGGAAUAAACCUCCCUAUUACAAGAUUGAGGUGGGGCCAAGAGGACCAAAUAUUUGUGCGAACGCUACUUAUGAUGCUCAACUUGAGAAUUGUGAGCGGCGUGUUUCCAUUGACUCCUGGAGUCACGCUAUUGUGAGCAUCGGAGGGGAAAGCAGUGGCAGUGGCAUUUGUAUUCUGAUUCCCCAAAAUGUGAAGACAUUGAAAGCGGAGAAAUGCAAUGGUGUAACGAAUUUAUCUGACAUUGGUCUGCUUGAAAACCUUGAGGAGCUAGAAAUAGAAAGAUGCAAAAACUUGCGGGUGCUUAGUGGAAGACAAGAUGAAGAAAUAAUAAACAUCCAUGACUCCCCUACCCCAACUCCUGCCCCUCUCUUCUUCCAAAGCCUUAGGGAUUUGGAUAUACAUAAGUGUCAGAGACUAAGGUAUCUCUUUGGGCGUGAGCCUAAAUUUUGCCUUCCUCAUUUGCGAAAAAUUACUAUAACAAGUUGUAAGGAAAUGGUGGGGAUUACAGAAGUGGUUACAUCACUAUCACCACAUCCGCCCCCGACGCUCCCUUGUCUAGAAAAUAUUUGUGUUUGGAGGUGUAAUAAACUGAAGAGAGUGGUGGAAUCUAAGUGGCUGCCCCACUUUUUUAACCCGAGAACAAUAGAAGUAGUCUUUUGUGAGAACGUGGAGGAGAUAAUCGAAGGUCCCUUCCCAUACAUGCUAGUUGAAGAGAUUUCACUUGAAAAGUUUAAGAUAUUAGGUUGUAAUAACCUGAGAAAGCUGUUUCCGCAGGAACUGCUAAUCCAUCUUCGAAAUCUUCAAAGUAUCGAAGUCAAAUGGUGCAAAGGAAUGGUGGAGAUGAUAAGUGGAGCAAGACAAGGUCAAGAAGGAAGCAUAAUGACGUCUAUAAACAACACCCCUUCAUCCUUCCAAUCUUCAAUUUCUCUGCCAAAACUGAUUUCCUUGCAUCUCUAUGAUCUACGCCAGUUGAAGAGCAUAUGUGAAGUCCCAAUUACUUGCGAUUCCAUGAGAAAGUUAGUGGUGCUCAAAUGCCCAGAAUUGAAUAGGAUUCUUUGGCAACUACGAAUACGUGAUAUUGAAGACCUUCCGUAUAUUCGCUUGCAAAGUGAGGAACUUUGGAAGACGUUGACAUGGGAUCAUCCCAAUGCCCAGGCAAUUCUUCGAUCUCAUCGUGAUUUCGGUUGGGCUGGCUGUGUUCUAAAAGACCCGUCCGAAAGUGUAAGUGAAGAUGACUUACAGUGGUCCGACAGUGAAAGUGAAAGUGAAGAUGGACGGUCCGAAAGUGAAAGUGAAAGUGAAGAUGGACGGUCCGGUCCGAAAGUUAAAGUGAAAGUAAGAUGGACGGUCCGAAAGUAA